AUGAUAAAAAAUGAAAGUUUACCAAUCGGUUUUGAUGAAUUCGUAAAAUUAACAACUAUAUCUCAUUGGAUUUAUCGUAUAUGGACAAUACUAUUUAAUAUUCUUGGUAUUACUGGUAAUCUUUUUGCCUUAAUUAUUUUUAUUCGUUGGACAAAUCGAUUAUCUUUAUAUAUUUAUUUUAGUUUUUUAUGUAUAAUAAAUAUUUUAAUUUUAUUAAUUGAUAUGAAUUAUCAUUUUCUUCUACCAUUUUUAAUUAAUAAUAAAAUAUUAGUAGAAAAUUUUCUUCCAAAAGCAUGUAAAUGUAUAUUUUUUUUAACAUAUUUUUUUCGUUAUUUAUUUAUAUGGAUUAUUGUUAUGAUUAAUAUUGAUCGUUGUUUAUAUUUAACUGAAAAUUCAUUUAAAAAAAUUUUAUGUCAACAAUGUACAGCAAAAAUAAUUUGUUUUAUAUUAAUUUUAUUAUCAUUUUUAGCUAAUUGUCAUUUUUUUAUUUAUUUUAAUCAACCAAUUAUUAUUAAAAUUCCAUUAAAAAAUACAUGUUUCUUAGAUGGACUUCUUUGUCAUUGUAAAUCAAUAAAUCAAACAUAUAAAUUAUUUUGGAAAAAUAUUUGGCCAAUAUAUAAUCUUAUUAUAUUUGCUAUUAUUCCAUUAUCUAUUAUAAUUAUUUGUUUUAUAUUAAUUAUUCGAAAUAUAUAUUUAACAAGAAAAAAAGUUUAUGGAAAAAAAUGUGAUUCAUAUAUAUCUGUUAAAUCACAAAAUGAUCAUUUAUAUUCAAUAACAAAAACAUUAAUAUGUCUUGAUUUAUUAUUUCCUAUAACAAUAUUUCCAAUAUUAUUUUUACAAAUCUAUAUUAAUUAUAAAUCACCUAAAAAUUGUUUAAAUAUUGGAAUAAUGAAUUUAAUUUUUUCAAUUGGAUUUGCAAUGAUAUAUUUUAAAAAUACAUUUGCAUUCUUUAUAUUUUAUUUAACAGGUCAAAAAUUUCGUCGUACUUUUUCAGAAUUAAUUCAUUGUAGAAAAAUAUCUGGUUAUACGGAUGGUCAUUGA